GAUCAGCCACGACCCGGAGCGACAGGCUCUCCGCCGGGGCGAGGCCAGCCCCGCAGCCGAUCCAGGGACCGGGCGGACGCCGCUCCUUCCUUCCUUUCCUUCCUUCCCUCCAGCGCUCGGUCGGAGAGGACGGAGGGCGCUUGUUUACCGGGCGGAGAAGGAAACGGUAGCGAGCCGUCUUUUGUCUUGGAAGGAAGCAUCUCCUCGAUUUUCCCGGGGUCCGGGAGGCGCGCUUUGCUCGCUCCAGCCUCUUUCGCCCGGACUUCGGUUUCGGCCAACAUGUCUUGAGGUUGCGGCGGCUAAGAAAUGCCUCUGGCUGGAGCAGUCCCGGCGGAUGCCUUUGUAUGAUCGCCGCCGCCGCUGCCGCCGCCGCCUUUGGCUCCCGACCCUCCUUCGGCGUGUGCAUGUUGUGAAAGGCAGCAGCGCUUGACCGCGGUUCGAAGCUGCCAACCUGGAAGAUCGGAGCAGAGCAUCGCGGCGGUGUUUUCGCCGUCCUUCUCCCCGGGGGCUGGCUCAGCCUGCUGGAUGGUAGCAGCAGCAGCAGCGGCGGCGAAGUCUACGGCCCAAAUUGCCAAGCGGGCGACCUCCGGGGCGCUGUAGACCAGCGGCGGCGGCUUUGCCUUUGCAGGAUCGGGGGGGGUGUCCCGUGGUUCGCGUUUCUCCUGAACUGCUGGUUUGCCUUGAAUGUGUCGGAAUAUGCUCAUGAAGGAGUAUCGGAUCUGUAUGCCUUUGACAGUUGAGGAGUACAGAAUUGGACAGCUGUACAUGAUCAGUAAACAUAGCCAUGAGCAGAGUGAUCGUGGAGAAGGUGUGGAAGUGGUACAGAAUGAGCCCUAUGAAGAUCCAAACUAUGGGAAUGGUCAGCUGACAGAAAAACGGGUCUAUCUAAAUAGCAAACUUCCAAGCUGGGCAAGAGCUGUUGUCCCCAAAAUAUUUUAUGUCACAGAGAAGGCAUGGAACUACUACCCAUAUACAAUUACAGAAUACACGUGCUCAUUUUUGCCCAAGUUCUCCAUUCACAUAGAGACCAAAUACGAGGACAACAAAGGAAGCAAUGAUAAUAUAUUUGAUAAUGAAGCCAAAGAUCUUGACCGAGAAGUCUGCUUCAUUGAUAUUGCCUGUGAUGAAAUUCCUGAGCGCUAUUACAAAGAAUCCGAGGAUCCUAAAUGCUUCAAAUCAGAGAAGACUGGGAGAGGCCUAUUAAAAGAAGGUUGGAGAGAAACUCAAGACCCUAUUAUGUGCUCCUACAAACUUGUAUCUGUGAAAUUUGAAGUAUGGGGACUUCAGACUCGAGUCGAGCAGUUUGUUCACAAGGUGGUCAAAGACAUAUUGCUAAUUGGUCACCGACAAGCAUUUGCGUGGGUGGAUGAGUGGUAUGACAUGACUAUGGAUGAAGUCCGAGAAUUUGAACGAGCAACUCAGGAAGCCACCAACAAGAAAAUUGGAACCUUCCCUCCGGCGAUAUCCAUCUCGAAUAUCUCCCUUCCCUCUUCAAUCCGCAGUACUCCUUCUAGUGCUCCGUCUACACCUCUGUCCUCAGACGCACCGGAAUUCCUAACGGUUCCCAAAGAUCGUCCGCGGAAAAAGUCUGCCCCAGAAACUCUCACGCUGCCAGAUCCAGAUAAAAAUGCUCUCUAAACCCAGCAUGGCUUUUUCUCCUUAUGACAAGCUAUGACUGACAGAAUAUCAUUUGCAAAUUUCAUGGUAGUUGUUUUGGUUUAAACAAAUAUUGAUCUGGAAUCAUGUGUCUCCCAUCCCCCCAUUCCCUUAGGCUUCCCCUGAAACUAGUUAGCUAAAUGCAUGCAAGGUCAUAGUUCAUGUGCUCUGAUUCCCAAACUAAAGCUGUAAGCCAUAAUGACAAAUGUUGCUAUCAACCCAGAAUUGAAGUAACUUGUUAAAAAAGAAAAAAGAAAAAGCAGUCUCUUGUAGUGAUGGCUGCAAGCAGAAGAUCUAAAAUUGCAGUGUUGGUGACUGAAGGGGGUUACAGGGAUUUCAUGAAGCUGGCGAGGACAUCCUGAGAGAAUGAGGUUCUCCUUAGCUAUAUUUCUCAUUUCAAGCCAUUAUAUCUCCAUUUCUGAAAUCCUUUUUUACUCUCAGGCCGAAUGCACCUUAAAGUAAACCUUGGAACUGCUGAUUCACUGAUCAACACUUGAAUACUAAUAGAUUCAGAUUCCUUUUUACAGAAUACAACUCAGGAUUUGGGUGUAGCUAAUGCACACUUUAAGCUCUUCAGAAAUUAAAGAACCAACGUGCUCUAGCUUUGUCUUAAAUUAUAAUCAUUUUGAGACCCUGGAACUAUUUGUAUCUUGCACAAAAAAUUUGUAACUCCUUUUUAUUCUGUGCUGUUGUGAAAUUUUUCUGUGUUGGUUUUGGAGAACUGGGACCUAUUUCAGGAAAAAAAAAUGGAAACACAAACAAAUAAAAUAGGCUCCAAAGUCCAAAUGGGACAAAUAUAUCCCAAGAAACAAUGUUAUUAUUAAUUCAUAAUUCAAUUCAGGUCUUCUGAGUUCCUAUGAAAUUAAUGAAAGUCAAGAUUGAAAACCCCAUUAAAAAGUCAGCCCAUUUUUUUGCAACAUUGUAAGCAGUCAUUCAUCUAUUCAACAACUUGAAGUUUUGCUGAGGGUAUUCAUGCUGGCCUGUUAAAAGCAGCAGAUUGUAGCAUAAAAUAUGUUAGGCUUACUGUGCAGAUUCUUUCCCUCAUUUAAAAAUCCUGCAUAUGUAUUUGAAUGUGUGUGUGUGUGUGUACAUGCAUACAUAUAUACAGGAUUUUUAGAAUGAAAUCCACACACACACAUACAAGAUUUUUAGAAUCUAUAAAUAUAUGAAAUAGUGAAUACAUUGUAAGGCCGAGCCAUGAAUAAAAUUAAGAAAGAAAACUUGGGGAGAUCCUAAUGAAAAAGUAGGUUUACCAGUAAGUCUAAUAUAUAUCAUGCUCAAGAGAGAGAGAUUCAAUGCUUUGUCCAAAAGAGAUACUUUUUUUCAACUAUGCUCAUUAUUAUUAUUUCCUUUGAAUGCAGGUAGUCCUUGACUUUCAACUGGCUGCUUAGCAAUUGUUCAGACUUAGGACAGACCACCUCGGGGAACUUACAACCUGGCUCCAAAGUUCCAACAGCUAUACCCCUCCCCUCCACCACUGUGGUCACAGGACUGCAUUUCAGCCACUCAGCAACUGGCAUGUAUUUAUGGCUGUUUGUAGCAUUCUACAUCCCAUGACCACGUUUUAUGACACUUUUUUGCCAAAAAGUGGCAUUUGCUCCUGUUUUUUGGCAAAACCUACCCAUAGGAAACAAUUGGUUUGCUUAACAACCAACUGCAGAAAAGGUCAUGAAAUCAGGUCAGUCAUGUGGGUGACCGCUGUACAAUUGUCACAAUUUACAACCAUAAUGGACAGCUCCAUUACACUUGUAAGUCAAAGACUACCUGCGCCAGCACCUGAAUUCAAAAUGAAAAGGAAAACAUGGUGCACUGCUACAGUUGACAACUCAUUCAGAAGCCUCCGUCUAGUCCUUGUUUAAGAGCAGAACAGUUUAUGUGGGAAUCUUCUGACAGAAAUAAAAACCUGCCAGCUUCCUGAGUUCCUUCAAUUGUAUUCUUUAUCAACAAUGAAAAUAGAAGUGUUUUUCUUUUGGCUUUUGGUACCUCAGAAAGUGAUUUUAGUUGCACCCAGCCAUAGUUUGGAGAGACAAAAUAUUGGCCUGUUAAUUCCAUCACCCUUCAGUCUCAGGAAUUAAAGAUACUUCUCCGAUGUAAAAUUUAGGACACUUGGCAUCUGUUCCUUUCCUUACAAUUUAUUCAGAAUCUAAUUUAGUAAAUUAAGUCAGUAGUUAACCACAUCUAAACUAGAAUCAUUUGUAAAAGUGUCAUAAACAUAUAGCGAUAGUACAAGGGGAAUAUAGAAAUAUAUAUCCAGACCUCAGGGGGAUAAAGAUAACUUUGAAUAAUUAAGAAUUUCUAGUAAGCACGGCAGCAUGAAUUUUCAUAUGAAAAAGUGUAGCAGACUCAAAUCUCCAAUUAACUCUCAAGUGACUUCUUACUUAAAUUGUACAUACCAAGGGGACUAUUGUUUAUUUUUUAGUCAUAGAAAGGUAGAGUGGAAGAACAGAAUGCACUAUGUGCAUUUGAAAACUCAAAAUAUGUAGUAGCUUUAAUUCUGUCUUUAAUUCCCCUCAUCAUUUAGCUUCAUGCCUUUUCUCAGUUAUUACUCAAAAUAUCUUUUUCUGUCUUGCUCAGCAUUCUGAAGUUCUGUGUGACACUUGUUAAUACAUGUUUUCAUUAUUAUUAUUAUUAUUAUUAUUACAUUUCUAUACAUAAAUACACCCUGAGUUUGUGGCUUUAAGUUAGCAGAAAAUUAUGAUAAUUUCUGUAAUUUUAAGCCAAAUGUUGCUCUCCCUUAUCUGCUGUUAGAAUCUUGCACAAAUGGAUAAGCCAAGACAUCAAAUUAUUGUGUUGAUUUAUUUUAACUAUUUCACUUCUUCCUCAAUACUUUGGCUUGGGAAUAAGAUCAGGUGUUUUUCAGUUAUAUAUAUAGAUAUAUUUUAAGAAUAUGCUUGUUAAAAGGCUGCAUAGUACAAAAAUGAAAGGUAAUAGCAUGCUAUGGAAAAAUAAUGGACUUUUCUAUGAUACUUUCUGCUCUCAAUGCUGCAGCAAGAAUUAUUUGUUCAACUUGAUGUGCUAUCCAAAUUGGGUGCUUAAUGAAUUGACAAAAUUUGAUUCUUCUGCAUGUCUAAAUGAUGGCUGACACAAUCCAUGUGUCAGUCUGCCUACUCUUUGCUUUUCCUAUAUUUCAAAGGAAUUAGCAAAAAUCAAAUGGAUGUUUCUUCAGCAUAUACACUCUCAAGCACCUAUACUCUUCACCAAUUAUUUUACGCUCUUUUGUCACAUUUUUUUUCCUUCCGUAGGUUUUGCAACUGAGGUAGUCAAUUAUCCAAUUUACUUUUCUUUCUUGAUUUUUGUCAUCUGCUUUAAAAAUGUAUAUUUCUGACACAGGAAGAAUAACUAAAUUAAAUUUCUAGCAUAUUUUUGGUUGCACUAAUGUGUCUUUUCCAUGGGAAAAAAGUUUGGCUGAGUUGUAUUGUUGACUUGUCUGUUUUAUUUUGUACAGAAUCUGCUGUAUAUUUUUAGCUGUAUGUUUUUUGUGAGGAUCAGACCUGUGGAUGUUUAUCUAUUUAUUUUGUGGAACAAAGUGGCACUUUCAAUAAAGUCUGGUGCAGCAAAGCAGACUGAAGCCUGACUAGGCUUUUGUACCUUAGUCCUGUUCCCCCUUUUUUAAGUGAGAUCAUUUGAUUAUUGCUAAGAAGAGGAAGGAGGACUAUGUUCUGAAAUGAAUACACUGCUGGCUUUAAAUUAACCUUUCCUAUAAAGAAGGGGGGGGGGUCCUGAAAUUAUCUGUUUAAAGACCCAUCUUUGACUUCCUAAGCAAAGAAGAAAAGCUUUUUAAAAAGUUGAUUCAUGAGAUUCUCAUAAGGUUGCUCAAACUUUAUUGUUGAAAACUCUGGCAUAUUUUUCAUCGUGCUUUCCAUGUACAUAAAUCUUUAUAAAUCCAUGUACAUGUGCUAGAAAUCUUCAUGGGGUUAUAUUUGCUAAGAAAGUUUGCAACGAAAGUUUUAAAUUGCCAUAAAAUAAAUUUGAGCCUAGCUGUUUUUCACAUAUCAGUGUACAUACUGCAAUUGAUGUACAUUUAGAUCAAUUGUUUCAUAUUAAAUUAAUAGAAACAGUCUAAUCAAUUUUCCGAUAGCGAUUUCACAAGGUUGUUGUUCUGGGGAAAAUAGGAGAAGGAAGGAAUAUUAGGUAUGUUUGCCCCCUUGAAUUAUUCAUAAAAUGUGGAAUAAUAAAUAAAUUGUCAUUAAAGAGCCCAGCUGGAAUGCUAUUGUCUAGAAUAGAAAUGUUCUGGGCAAUUUUUCCUAGUGCAGAUUUCUGUUUCAUUGGCAGUGUUUCAUUUUUUUAAUGAAACUUUUAAAAACUUUGUUAAUAGAAAUGAAAAUGGCUGUGCUCUCUCUAAUAGGAGAUAUGUGUGUCUUUAAUCACUCAUGGGGUUAUAUCCUGAGGUUCCUCUCUAUGAGCAGAAAGAGACAAAACAGGCUGACCAAACAUAUCAGUUAGCCUUCCGUGCUUAGCUGAGGGCCUAUAUUCAAGCAAAAUUCCUCUCAUGCAACUUUGGAUUGAGAUUCAUUUGCUGCACUGGAACUUUAAAACAUGGCUGUUGUUUAAAAGACAUCCAAUGUAUGCACUUCCUGGUGGUGAAAUCAUAAGAUGGGAAGGGUUCAUGAACUUGCCAUUAGGAACUCAUUAAUUACCAUCCUUCAGUUUUCAUAAAGGCUUGAAGCUAAACUAAUCAUGGGGAAGGGUUUUCUUGUUUGGACGGCAUCGUCUUAAAAUUACAAUUGUCUAUGAUUUUUUUUAACGUUCCUUCUAGAAAUAAGUUUUUUUGUUUUAUUUCUGUGACAACCUUUGUAACUUUGAAUGUUGUGUAUAGUAAUGAGAUUUUCUGAGGUUUUUGUUUGUUUGUUAGUUGGUUUUUGGUUGUAAGGUUAGUGUAAUGAAGGAAGGACCAAAUGAUCCAAGUUACACAUACAAGACAUGAAAAGAAGAAUCAGAGUCUCAUGGUUUCCAUACGUACAUAAUUGUUGCUUUUUCAGUUAUUUAUUAUUGUUUGUAAAACUGCCUUUUCUUACAUUCUGUUGUAAAUAAACUACAAGCAAUCUUCUUUCCAA